AUGAAGACCACAGCUAUUGGGGCCCUGGCCACGCUGGCUGGCUCACCGUUGGUGGCCGCAAUCAGCCAGGUCAAUAACCCUGCCAGGCAGGAGAAAUACACCAGUGGCGCUGUUAUGGACGGAAUCAUGGCUAAGAAAUACGCAACUUGGGACUCUCAGAAGGCUGCUGGCGUCUUCAACUCGGCUCUUUACCCGUCUUACACUGACGCCGCACCUGUUGCUUGCGUCAACGGCGUCGCCGAGGUUGUUCCUGGUGAUGCCAACAACACCUUCAGGUGUAGCAACAUCGACUUCUAUGACUUCAAGAGCCACGCCGACCUGGGAUCCGCUACUGGCGAGGGUGCUUCAACUUGGGGGUGGGUCAGCGAGGAUGGCCGCGAGUUCGUCGCCAUUGCCCAAGCUGAUGGUGCUGCCUUGGCCGAGGUUUCCACCGAGGGCAAGCUUGUCUACCUUGGCCGCCUUCCCCAAUAUUCGGCAGCCGCGCCCAGCAUCUGGCGCGAGAUCCGAGGUUACAAGAACUAUAUCGUGAUCGGCAGCGAGGCCCAGAAGCACGGUGUGCAGUUCUUCGACAUGUCCAAGCUGGUCGAUGUCGAUCCAGCGAGCCCAGUAACGUUCGGUGAUGCCGAUCUGGCUGGCCAUUUUAACGAGCUGCCUGUCGGCCGCUCGCACAACGUUGUUGUAAACGAAGAGCUCAACUACGCCGUUGCCGUCGGCGCGCAGCCUCGAAACUCAUCCUGUGCCUCUGGUCUUAUCUUCAUCGAUCUUGAGGACAUCUCCAACCCUACCACUCCAGGCUGCGCGUCUGGCGAUGGUUACGUACAUGACGCACAGUGCCUCGUCUACCGUGGCCCUGACGAGAAGUACGCUGGUCGCGACAUCUGCUACGGCUACAACGAGGACACUUUGACAAUCUACGAUGUGACCGACAAGACCACCACAAACAUCAUUUCGCGCGUUGGCUAUGACGGUGCAUCUUACACGCACCAAGGCUGGGUCACUGACAAGAACUGGCAAACAACCCUUGUCCUGGAUGACGAGUAUGACGAGUACGACAAAGCUGGAGCUGGAGCUAAUGGUUUCCCGAUCUCCUACUUCUGGGACAUUACCAGUCUGGAGGCACCGGUCCUCACGGGAUAUUUCAGGAACGAGUAUGCCCUGGGUAUCGACCACAACCAGUAUAUUAUCGAUGGAGUCGCAUAUCAGAGCAACUAUGGUGCUGGUCUGCACGUGCUUGACAUCUCCUCGCUGGAGACUGACAAGACCGGUGCCGGUGUCACCGAGCUCGGCUACUUCGACAUCUAUCCCGAGAACGACGCACUUCCUGGUGGCGGCAGCAUUGAGUUCGUCGGCACAUGGGGACACUACCCCUUCUUCCCGUCUGGUUUCAUCGUCAUCAACACUAUUGAGCGGGGAGCUUUUGUUGUGAAGAGGACUAACGCCUAG